AUGUUUGUAUGUGUAGACAUUACCUGCCCCCAAUCCCCCAUCUCUGCAACCCUCUGUAAGGCCCAUGAAUGCCUCUAUCCACCCAUCAUGGGUCGCAGCCGAUCGCCAUCUCCACCUCCGCCGGCCGCCAAGCCUCCGAAGGCGCCCAGAUCACCCAGUUCACCCAAAGCGCCCAAACCGCCCAAAGCGCCUGUCCCGCCCAAAGCCCCCAAACCACCCAAGGUGCCCAAGGUGCCCAAGGCCCCCAACCUCUCACCCCCACCACCCCCCGUGGGCAACAACAACCAACUUGUGCAAAGUUUCCCUUUUUUUACCUCCUGCAAUGCCCGUGACGUCAGCGUGACGCCGUACCGAAUGUCCGUACCCAGCGGGCCGUGGAAUACAACGGCUUCCAGUGCCACGUACUGCUUCCGAGUUGCCGCCACCGCAACAGUGAACAGCGCCAGCCCGUGUGCGGGAAUGACCAUUAACAGGAUGGAGAUGAUCAUCGAGAGCGGCUGUGUGGACGAGGAACCCAAGCCCGUCCGCACCGCCACCAUCAACGGCGUUUCAGUGGUCCCGCUGCUCAGCUCUAAAACAUGGAAGGGGGAGACGUACGGCGUCAUGACACUCCGCCGCCUGGCUGACAUCUUUCCCACGACCCCCUCCGGCGGCUUGUACAUCUGCUUGGAGCUGGCUAGGACCAGUCGCUGCAGCACACCGGCGGGAAUGUGCUACGGCAACAGCUGCGUGUUCGCACUGUCCAACGAUGAUUUCACCUGUUGCCCCCGCCUGCUGGGGCCGUUGGUUUCCCCGUAUGGGCCGCCUCCCUCCCGCUGGUUGCGGCCGCGCCGCUGGUUAGGCCCCGGACGCUGCCAACGUUACGGAACCAACACGCCGUCACGAGCGGCUGCGGCAGCAGCCGCAGCCAGCAGGUCCGCCGCCAGCAUCGCCUGCUUCCGCCGCGCGGCCGCUCGCAACGGCGUGUUGGGCAAGGCGAUGACAAGGACAACGAUGGUGGCCGCCGCUACAAAGGUCACUACUGCUGUAGCCGGGACGGCGGCGGAGCCUGCGGUGAUGCGGUCGUACGGCGGCAUCGUAAUUACCGCAUGCCGCACCUACGCGCCGGCUCAUGAUUACCAUUUUCAGCGCCAUUAUUAUCAUUAUUGGCCCUGUCCGCAGCGGCUGCUGCCGCUACAAGCUCCGGCCCGCUGGCGUGCCAUCAGCAAGGGCAGGUGCCGUACUGGCGGCGGCGCCGCCUUCAUCGAAAGGAAGGGCCCGUUGCGUGUGGUGGCAUUUCGCGAGGGGAAUCAGCAGCAGCAGCAUCAGCAGCAGCGCCCUGGCAAGGAAAGGAUGGGUCAAGUCCUCCUGGGGAUGGAGGCGGGCGCGGUGGCGGCAGCCGACCCCGAAGCUACAUGUCGCCCAUUCAUCGCGGCGGUACGGAGCCGCAUCUGUAUCGCGAUAUCGUACCUGCAGCGUAAUCUAGGGAUUACACACCCGUACCCGAGCCCACGGGUCAGCACAGUGGCGCUGGUGCUGGGCGGCGGGGAGAGCGACCGGCGCCUGUUUCCGCUGACGGAGAAGCGAGCAUUGCCUGCCGUACCUGUGGGCGGGAGUUACCGGCUGAUCGACAUUCCGUUGUCCAACUGCCUUCAUAGCAACAUCAACAAGAUUUACGUGCUCACGCAGUACAACAUAACUAAUUAUAACGGUCGCAGGUACAUUACCCGUACGUACGGCUUUGGAGACGGAGUACCUCUGGGAGGGGACGGCUUUGUGGAGGUUCUAGCUACCACGCAGUACCCCGGGGGAUCUCGCUGGCCCGAGGGCAACGCGGAUGCCGUACGGCUCAUGUCCUGGGUCCUUGAAAAUCCCCAGCUGCGACAUGUGAAGCACGUGCUUAUUCUGCCGGCUGACCAGCUGUACCGGGCGAAUUUCGAGGACCUCAUCACCUACCACCAACAGCGGGUAGGCGCGGGAGGAUGCACCUAUGCGUGA